AUGGUCGGGUUUCGUGGUAAAUACACCCAGCGCUAUUGCCGCUCGCCUGUACCUCGCUUCCGCCUACAAUACCUUUCGUCCCUCAAGAUAGGACGAAAACAUAAAGCCCAUCGCCAGCAGGCGCAGCAGGACAGGCCGUGGCGCAAUUCAGAAAACGGUCGCAGUAAAGGGAAAAGUAAAGGCAGCAGAGGCAGGAUGGGCAACGAAGAGUCCACGGUAGCGAAUCCGGAUGCGCCGCCCCAGACGCUCAGUGCGCGAUCGUUGGAGGCUCUAGCACAGUACAUUAAAGAUGGACGGGCAAAGAAGAUUGUGGUUAUGGUGGGCGCAGGUAUAAGCACUUCGGCCGGUAUACCAGACUUCAGGUCCCCAGAGACUGGAUUGUAUGCGAACCUCGCUCGUCUGAACCUACCAUACGCCGAAGCCGUGUUUGAUAUCUCAUACUUCCGUAAUAACCCAGAGCCAUUCUACACCCUCGCACAAGAACUAUACCCUGGGAAAUAUAGACCAACAAUAACACACUCGUUCGUAAACCUCCUACAUAAAAAAGGACUGCUUUUGAAGCUGUUCUCCCAGAAUAUCGACUGCCUGGAGCGCGAGGCAGGAGUGCCUGCGGACAUGAUCGUAGAGGCACAUGGCAGCUUCGCCAAGCAGAGUUGUAUUGAUUGCAAAAAGCCCUAUCCCGAGGAGCGCAUGCAAGAGGCCAUUCAGAAGAAGUGGGUGCCCCGCUGCCUCGAUCUCUCCUGCAACGGCCUCGUCAAACCCGAAAUCGUCUUCUUCGGGGAACAAUUGCCCGCCGACUUCUUCGAAAACCGCAGCCUCCCGUCAGAAGCCGACCUCGCGAUAGUCAUGGGGACGUCAUUAUCCGUACACCCGUUUGCGUCGCUACCACAGUUAUGCGAGGACCGAACACCGCGGUUACUUAUAAACUCAGAGAAGGUGGGCGAUUUAGGUGGACGGCCAGACGAUGUGCUGAUGCUUGAGGACUGUGACUCUGGUGUGCGAAAGCUCGCCGAGGCUUGUGGGUGGCUAGAAGAGCUGGAAGCAUUAUGGGCGAAGACGGCACGAGACGACACGCCUGUAACACCCAAGGAGAGUGCCAAGAAGAGUAGGGAUGAGGUGCUGCAGGAUGAGGUUGACAAGCUUACAAAGGAGGUUGAGGAGAGCCUAAGGUUGGGCAAGACGCAGCACGAGUGGCUGGAGAACCAUCUUGAUAAUAAGAUCGCGAGGAAACAGGCAGAGGAAACUGAGGAAUCCAGUGCACAACCGACAGCGGACCCGGAUUCGAGGAAGUUAGCGCCUGUCGCUAGUUCGGCGACUACGAAGACGGAUCCUGGGGGUGGUUUAGGGCAUGUGUUUCCAUUCUUGGAAAAGCCUUCUUUGUAAUCACCUGGCAUGGUUCUUUGGUGGAGUUGGCAAUGUAAAUGGUCUACUGGAUGAUAAAUAUCUGGAUACGAUAUCACGGCUAAUGAUCGUUACUGUUCAUGACUUUAUGCAGUACUUAAUACUACGACAUUGGAUAUUCACGUUAUAGCGCUGACUAGAUGUAGAGGGGUUUGAACGGAACAAGUAGAAAGGAAUCGUCGGU